ACACUGCACAGGUGCAGGGAGAUCUCGGCCGUUGCAAGGGCUGCUCAGCGAAACACCUCCAAUGUUCCGGAUGAGAAGUAAGUGGCCAUGAAGUGAUACUGCAUGCUCACCUAGGUUAUUGUUGAUUCUCAGAUCAAUUGCCCUACCUCGAUCCUACUUCCUAAUUAGACUGCCGAAAAGCUGAUAUGGCCGGUAUCGAGAGGGAACUAUCAGCUGCCGGAGCUCUGGACGAUGUUCUCGCCGCAGAAUUAGAUCAAACCGGAGGCGGCAAUUCCAAUGGGCAAGCCGUUGCCGAUCUCGUUGCGGAGGCAGAGGGAUGUAUUGGCUCCGGGAAACCAGCCAAGGCCAUUCCAGUUCUGGAGAAAGUGCUGUUGAUGUGCAAUAAGGAUGACGCUGAGCUUUGCAGUGUGCUGUGGAAUAUGCUGGGUAACGUGCAUUUUCGCUUGGCCGAUUUCUCCAAGGCCAUCUAUUGCCAUCUUCACGAUUUGGCCAGUUGUCGGGAGGCUGGUGACGGCGAAGGUUGCACCAAGGCGUACGCCAACCUUGGCUUGGCGUUCAAGAACGCCGGGCAGCACGAGAAGGCUGGUCAGUGCUUCGCCAGUCAACUGCAGAGUUGCGAGCGAAGGCGCCAUCAGACAGGCAUGGCUCGUGCUUACAACAACCUCGCUCAGCUGACUGUGAUGAUGGCCAAACUACUGAUGAAAGAAUGUCGUGAGAAGACUGCCAUUGCUCAGGGAGCCGGUCGCGAUAAUGCAGAAGCUGCCACAUUGUCCAAAUUGAAGGACAGCAUCAGAGAACGCCUCACUCAAGCAACUGCAUUCUUUCAAAACCAACUGCAAAUUGUUAGCAAACAGCGAGACAGGCUUGCCGAGGCGCGAGCCCAUGGAAACAUCGCCGAGUGCUACGAACUGCUUGGGAAGUACGGAAAGGCUAUUGAACACCACACCCGGAGAUUGACAAUGGCUGAAGAUCAGAAUGACCAUGAGGGAAUGAGUCGAGGACACUGCAACAUCGGCAACUGUCUGCGAUCACUUCAAGAGUAUGAAGAGUCAAUUGAGCACUACACGAAGGACCUGAACAUCAGCAAAGAACUGGGCGAUGCGGCCGGACAAGCCAUUACACAGCGCAAUCUUGCAAACACGUACGAUAUGAUGGGCGACUACAACACCGCCGUGCGUUGGCAUACAGAUAAUCUUGACCUUGUGAAGGAGCUGGGUCAGCGCAAUGAGCAAAUCCUGGCCCUUGGUUACAUUGCCUCGCUGCAUGAGGACAUGGAGCAGUAUGACUCGGCCAUUGAGUUCUACACCAAGCAAAUUGACAUCUACUGUGCAGCUGGCAGUGAGGAAGGACAAGAACAGGCGACUGGCAAUGUUCAGCGUCUGCACAAGCUCAUCCAGAAACGUCGAGAGGGAUUCAACGCCAGUCCUGCGGCAUCGCCUCGCGUCGCCAACAAACAGGGCAUAUUCGACAGUGCCCGGCGCUUGAAGGAGGGCACGAUGCGCAUCUUCAACCGCAAGGACAGGCGCAGCGUGCUGGCGAAAGAAGAAAGCCCCUGGAUCACGGACAUGGAGACGCCGCCGAUGCGCCGCCGUCAGCUGCGAGGUACUGAUAAUGUGUAUCGUGUAGCGCAGCCACGCGAUGGUGUGGCUGUCAGCGCUGGCCCUGGUGCAGUCAGCGGUAUCGGCUUCUUCAACCCUACACACGCCACAUCCACGUUUGACGAAGGCAAAGCCAAGACAGACAAAGCACUGGAGUCAGUCAUGGCUUCACUCAGCACUGACCAACCUGCCAAGCCCAGCGGCAAGAAGGCCUCGCAGGCCGAGUCAAACUUCAUACUGCGUGCGCCCAGCCAGGAAGAGCAGGAGAAGCGCAUAUCAAUCUACGCGUCGACGUUCGGAGGUCGUAAUCACGCCAUGCAGCUGCAGCUGGGCGUUGGAAGCAUGCUGCAGGAGAUUGCACACGAGAACCCGCUGUUCUCCGCUUUCCGGGAAGAGCAGGGUUGGAACGGCGUCAUGGAUCAGUCUGCUCAAGCCAGCAUGAUGUUGAAUUCGAGGAGCAUGGAUUCAGUGGACGUGGGUAUGUUUGAAGCAGCAAAGGGCUCGGAGCAGCCAGCCAAAUGAGUUCUAUUUCGGCAUAGCCACAUGGAAGACGGAUAAUUCUUUUUGGUGAUGACUUGAGAUUUAUUUCAUCUAUGACAUGCUCCAUAGUUAGGCACUACACUUGGAAUUGAUAACUAUGAAAUGAAAAAAGAUCCCUAUUUUGAAACUUUUUUGGUAUAAAAUUAUUCUUUUCAACAUUUUUAAUAAUAGGUUCAAGUUUUCAAUUCAAUAUUUGAUUGUUCGCGUAUGUACCACUACAAGACUGGCUGAUUUGAUGUCAAGUGUUCAGAGCCAAUCCUGAACAUUCGCACUAGAUACAUAAGUAUACACAUACUUCAAAUGUAGUAUGCAUUGUUUUCAGGAGACAUUUGACUGUACAAGUGCACUAAAUUCCACCAAGAUGG